AUGAACGGGACACUGGAUGGAAACUGCAACCAGGUUCACCACGACGGAUCCUUCAUGUUCACCUCCGAGUCUGUGGGAGAAGGACACCCUGAUAAGAUCUGCGACCAGAUCAGUGACGCUGUUCUGGACGCUCACCUGAGACAAGACCCCGAUGCUAAAGUGGCCUGUGAGACGGUGUGUAAGACCGGGAUGGUGCUGCUCUGUGGAGAAAUCACAUCUCGAGCCAUCGUGGAUUAUCAGAAGGUGGUGAGAGACAUCAUCCAGCACAUUGGCUACGAUGACUCAGAGAAGGGUUUUGACUAUAAGACCUGCAACAUCUUGGUGGCUCUGGAGCAGCAGUCGCCGGAAAUCGCGCAGGCAGUUCAUGUGGACCGUCCAGAGAGCGACAUUGGAGCUGGAGACCAGGGUCUGAUGUUUGGAUACGCCACAGAUGAGACUGAGGAGUGCAUGCCCCUCACCAUCGUCCUCGCACACAAACUCAACGCAAAGAUGGCCGAGCUGAGACGGAACGGGACAGUGCCCUGGUUCCGGCCGGACUCCAAGACACAGGUGACGGUUCAUUACAUCCAGGAAAACGGCGCCGUGGUCCCCAAGAGAAUCCACACUGUGGUGAUCUCAGUGCAGCACGACGACUAUGUGAGUCUGGAGGAGCAGAGGAAGGUCCUGAAGGAGAAGGUCAUCAAGGCCGUGGUGCCUUCAAAGUACCUGGACGAGAACACCGUCUAUCACCUGCAGCCCAGCGGGCGCUUUGUGAUUGGCGGACCUCAGGGUGAUGCAGGAGUUACGGGUAGAAAGAUCAUCGUGGACACGUAUGGAGGUUGGGGAGCUCACGGCGGAGGAGCUUUCUCUGGGAAGGACUCGACCAAGGUGGACCGAUCGGCCGCCUACGCUGCCCGCUGGGUGGCCAAGUCUCUGGUGAAGGCCAAACUGUGCAGGAGGGUUCUGGUGCAGGUGUCGUACGCGAUCGGAGUCGCUCAUCCUCUGUCCAUCUCCCUGUUCACCUUCGGCUCCUCUCAGAAGAGCGAGAAGGAGCUGCUGCAGAUCGUUAAUAAAAACUUUGACCUCAGACCGGGAGUCAUCGUCAGAGACCUGGACCUGAAGAGGCCGAUCUACCAGAAAACAGCCUGCUAUGGACACUUUGGGAGGAAGGAGUUUCCCUGGGAGAUCCCAAAGAACCUCAACUUCUAG